CUGUAGCUGGGCAAACCAAAAGCAAAAUUCGCAUGCGUCGCAACAGCGCUAAGCCGGCCGUGCAUGCAGAUUCAAAAUAAAAUACUUAAAUAAAUAAAUUAAUAACAAAAUAAAAUACAAAAUAAAACUGAUACAAGUAUAAAUAUAAUUUGCGAACAACAUUGAGACUAGCAACGAGACCAAAGCCGCAUAAAAGAAAAAUAUAUCAAGAAGUGAACAAAAGGUUCCUCGUCGCGUCUGCAAUAUUUUGCAUAAGAAACCAAUUUGCAUAACAAGUGUCGCGAGUGUGUGUGUGCGUGUGUCUAUGAAAGAAGGGCUAAAGUGCGUAUAAAAAUAUAAUAGUGUAAUCAUGUCACAACAAGAGCAACAACAACAACAACAAAGGCAGCCAACAGUGCCUUCAAUUACUGCUUUGUUCAAUCAGCAAAUGCAUCGAGGGGAGCAGCAAUCGAAUUGCAAAUUGCAGCCGAACGAGAAGAAAAUAAUGAAAAGGAAUGAAGCGCUCCAACAUGUUGCCAGAUUCUUUGGCGAGUUUUUCGGCACAGCCAUCCUGGUUUACGUCGGCUGCUUGGGCUGCGCCCAUUCAUCGUCGAUCAGUAACUCUGCGUUCCAGAACUCAUUCGCGUUCGGCCUCGCCGUGCUCAUCGCCAUCCAGUCCUUUGGCUGUGUGUCGGGCGCCCACAUCAAUCCCACCGUGACGCUGGCCAGCUUGGUGUACGAGCAGAUAACGUGGUUCAUGGCCAUUUACUAUGUUGUGGCCCAGAUACUUGGCGGCCUCAUUGGCUACGGCCUGCUGGUUGCAUCGCUGCCCAAAGAAAUGAUGACCAACGAGCUGACCCCUAGGGGUGCUUGUGUGACCUUCGUGUCCGACAAGUUACCCUUUUGGCAGGGCUUCAUCAUUGAGUUCCUCAUCACGGCUGUUCUGAUCUGUGUGUGCUGCGGUAUUUGGGAUCAACGCAAUGCGGAGCUAAAGGAUUCAAUACCAAUUCGCUUUGGCCUCACAAUUGCCUGCAUAGCCCUAGCUGGGUCACAGUACACUGGCGCCAGCAUGAAUCCGGCUCGUUCGCUUGCUCCAGCUGUGUGGAAUAAUUACUGGGAACAUCAUUGGAUAUACUGGGUCGCUCCCUUGGUAUCGUCGUUAAUCACCUCAGUAGCUUACAAGUACAGCUUUAGAAGUAAGCCAGAAAGCGAAGGCAAAGUGAAUACUUCGCAGCCGUAGUUAGCCUUGGUCUGUGCAUAUAUCCCAAAAUGUCACUGGGCAUAUAUAUUUACAUAGGU